GGCGCAUUGAUACCUCUAAUUUUUUAUACAUUUCGGGACAUGGGACGCAAAGUCUCAUAAGGUUUUCCUAACCUCAAAGUAACGUAUGAGCUGUGCGCGUAACGGAAAAAUUAGAGUAUUAAAAUCAAACACAGGAGAAAGGAGAUGGGCGAUGCCGAACUUCAGGAAGAGGAAAGAGAAGUUCUUCUUUCGAUAUAUGAAGGAGAUUUGGCUUUUAAACAGUUGACACCUACUACGUUUCAAUACAAGUAUGGAGAGGACAAUGAUAUGAAAUCAUUUCUAUUGGAAAUUUCAUGGGGCACAACAUAUCCAUCAGAGAGGCCUACCAUUAACAUGAACACAUUUUAUAACAAGCACAUUGUGCAAGAAGUAAAAGACAAGGUGCUGCAGCAUUUGGAAGCAGAGGCGAAUCAGUGGCUAGGAAGUGCUAUGACUUAUACGUUAUUUCAAUAUGUACAAGAACAUUAUACUGAGUUGAUCUCAGCACAACCAGACUCUGUAGUUGAUCUAAACUUACAAACCAACCAGCUUAAGAUAACAGAUGAAAAUCAACAGUUGGAGGAAACAACAAAGAAGCCAAAGAAGGAACAUUUAACUAAAGCUCAGAAGCGUAGACAAUGGAAUAAGGCAGAUGGAAAAGGAGAAAGGCCACGAGGAUGGGACUGGGUGGAUAUAGUAAAACAUUUAUCACAGACUGGCCCUAAACAGGAACAAGAGUCUUAGUUCAACUUCAUUGAAAUAUUUGUACAGAUAGUUACAAGAUAUGCAAAUAAAAUUACUUAAAUAAUUAACAAUUAUAAAAUUUUAUCGAGGUAAAUAAUAUGGAAGGAACGAUAUUUUAAUUUCCGAUGUCCUUGCGCUUCUUUUUUACCAUUUUACGAUUUUUUACAAAAAUCUCCAACCUGCUACUGGUAAUAGGUUUGUUUCUGUCAUCCAGCCUAAAAAAUAAAACAAUAUUUAUAUGAAUAAAAAGAAUACAAAACUUC